AACACUCUCACACUGUCUCUCAUCGACACCUUUCCCUUCUUUCUCUCUGCUUCCCAGAUUUCCCACGUGUGGAAUAACACCUUGGUGAACCUCCUGAAGAGCCUCUACUCCCUGGGGAUGGACAGCCACAGGAGGGAGAUGCAGUCGGUGGAGCAGGAGGUGCUGUGGCGGCUGCGGCGUCUCACCUUCCGGCAGCUCACUUUGCUGGCCGAAUCCUUGGCUGUCAGGCAGGGGAAGGAGAGCAAGCUGCUCGGCGAAGUCAUCAAGAAGCUGGAGCUGCGUUGGACGGAGCUGGAGGGCACCCGGACCGUGGUGGCGUUGAUGGGCAGAGUGGGGCACGUCUCCCCGGCUCUGAUGGACCGGCUGGAGGACAAGGCUCUGGAACUUGCUGAGCAGUUCAACCCCGAUGACAUCCGGAAAGUAAUGCUGGCCCUAGCCUACCAGAACCGCCGCUGCGUGCCUCUGCUCCGAGCCUUGUCCUACCACCUGAUUCAGAAACACUCAGAGCUCGGCCUCAGCGUCCUGAUGGACCUGAUUUUCGCCUAUGGAAAACUGAAUUUCCACCAGCCCCAGGUCUUCCAGAAGAUAGCCACCGACCUCCAGCCCCACGUCCCCACCAUGACGCCCGUCGAGGUGACGCGCUGCAUCAGGUCCUUCGCCCUCCUCAAGUGGCUCAGCCUGCCGCUGUGUGAGGCCAUUGCACAGUACGCGCUGGACAACAGCAGGCAGCUCUCCGUCUCCCAUCUGGCCGGUAUCAUCCUGUCCUUCGCUCGCCUCAACUUCCAGCCCAGCGGAAGCGAGGACUUCUUCAACAUGGUAACCUCCCUCCCUCAACCCUCCGCCCUCCCGAGGCAGCGGGAAUGGCAGNNNUGCGCCCUGCGCCAGCCCGGGCCUCCCUACCGGCAGCGAGUGCUGGCGCCCGACUUCCACGCUCGGAUCCGAGGCGAUCCAUCCCUGAAGGCCCAGAGCCAACGGCUGAAGCUCAUCCACAUCAACGCCGCUGCCAAGCUGGAAAGCCCCGACUACCAGGGGCCUUUCCUACCG